AUGGCAUCUCCAGCACCAUACACUCUCUACUACAGCAAAUGGUCCAUCUGUUCCCAGAUGGUCCAGCUGACCUUAGCUUUCAAAGGUCAACCCAAAGACGACGACUCUUCUAUCACUGUAGAACAGAAGGAAAUCGACAUUCUCAAAUUCGAACAACUUGAAGAAGCGUACUUGACGGAAAUAAAUCCCAAAGGACAAGUCCCAGUCCUCACACAUCUUUCUAAACUACCGAACACCAUAUCAGACAGUCUGGACAUCACCUAUUUCAUCGCCGACAACUACCUCAGUCUCCUCCCUUCGGAUCACAAGAAUGAGAUCAUCGAGCUCCUCAAGGAAUUGCAUGCGAUCAACUACUUUUCUUUAUCUUUCGGCAACAGGCCCGCUUCAGCAAAAGCUCAAGAAGCAGCUGUAGAGAAGAAGAUUGCGGAUCCAGGGAUUUCAGAAAAGUAUCGCAAAGCUUUGGAAUUCAAGCUGAAGAUCGUGCAAAAUGAAAAAGUUAGAGGAGUAGCUGAUGCUGAGAUCCAGACCCAGGUUCAAAAUGCCCAAGCUUUCGUCAAGAAGAUAGCAAUUUCCUACGACCCGGGAAGUGGACCGUGGCUGUGGGGUCUAGCAAGUCCAACUGCACUUGAUCUCCAAGUGGCAGUUUUCAUAGCACGACUCCAUGAUGUUGGCCGUGGUGCUUUGGCUCCCAAUAAGCUUACCCAAUUAGCAUGUCAUUGGGACGAGUGA